CGAGCUUUUAAGAAGGCUAGAGUAUUAGAUGGUCUUCCUUUUAGAUCAUUCAUUACUCAUAUUUGCAAGGCAGAUGGUGUAGUUAUCUUGCCUAAGGAUAUGAUGGAGAAAACCAAAAGGCCACUCAACAAGAGUUCUUUGAAAUUGAGUAAAGCUCAAGUUGAGUAUAUUGUGGUGAAGGAGGAAAGAAAGAAUGAGAUAGAGGACCCACAUGCUAAGAUUGGAUUUCGUGCACCACCAAUAGUUCACUCACAUGCGAGUACACCUAGUACACCACCAUUUGAGUUUG